GACCCCAUCUCCCUUGUUCUGUCCUCAUCUGUGGAGCUGUGGUCUGUGAGGUGGUGGGAGCCGCAGGCGGGACUCAGGGGCCCAGGAAACCAGAAAUGGACUCAGUGGCCUUUGAGGAUGUUAAUGUGGAGUUCACCAUGGAGGAGUGGGCUUUCCUGGAUCUGACCCAGAAGAAACUCUACACAGAUGUGAUGCUGGAAACCUUCUGGAACCUGGCAUCAGUAGCAUGUAUUUUAGAAGAAAAAUGUGAAGACCAUGACAGUGAAUAUCAGUAUGAAAAUCAUGGGAUGAAUGUUAGCAGUCAUUUGGUAAAGUGUCUCUGUACAAGGAAGGAUGAUAGUCAAUGGAGAGAAAACGUCAGUCAGAUUCCAAAUCAUAAUGAAAGGAAGGAAACUCCUACUGAAAUAAAACAACCUAAAUCCAGGUUGUGUAGGCAAAUCUUCAUGGGUUAUUUAACCUUGAAUAACCACCUGAGCUCUCACAUGUGUCAGGAAUAUGAAGAAAGCCCUUAUAAAUGUAAGGAACCUGAGAAAGCUUUCAAGCAUCACGAACAUAUUCAAAGACAAGAAGGCAACCCCAUUGAGAAAGCUUUCCACUAUUCAGCUUCCCUUAGAAAUCAUGAAAGAACACAUAUUCCUGGGAAACCAUAUGAGUGUAAGCGAUGUGGGAAAGGCUUUAGUUGUCUUACUUACUUUAAACUUCACAAAAACAGUCAUACUGGAGAGAAAUCAUAUCAAAGUAAGCAAUGUGGCAAUGCUUUCAGUUCUCCCAAGUAUUCUAGAGAAAAGGAAAGAAUACACACUAGAGAAAAGUCCUAUGAAUGUAAGAAAUCUGGUAAAGCUUUCAGUUCCACUUGUCUAAGAAAUCAUGAAAGAACACAUACAGGCAAGAAACCUCAUGAAUAUAAGGAAUGUGGGGAAGCCUUAAUUUCUUCCAGCUCUCUUGGAACACAUAAAAGAAGUCAUGAUGGAAAGAAGCCUCAUGAAUGUAAGGAAUGUGGUAAAACAUUUCCUUAUCCCUCUUUACUUAGAAUUCAUGAAAGAACUCAUACUGGGGAAAAACCCUAUGAAUGUAAGCUUUGUGGUAAAGUUUUUUCUUAUUCAAAUUCUCUCCAAUAUCAUAUCAGAAGUCAUACUAGGGAAAAACCCUAUGAAUGUAACCAAUGUGGGAAAGCCUUCCGUUUUCUCAGCUCUCUUGCAAGACAUAAUAGAAGGCAUGAUGGAAAGAAGCCUCAUGAAUGUAAGGAAUGUGGUAAAACAUUCCGUCAUCACUAUGCCCUCAGAAAACAUGAAAGAACUCAUAUUGGGACAAAACGCUAUAAAUGUAAUCAAUGUGGUAAAGAUUUCAAUAUUCGAUCUUCCCUCCGACGUCAUGAAAGAACUCAUACUGGGGAAAAACCGUAUGAAUGUAGGCAAUGUGGAAAAGCCUUCAGGUAUACAAAGUCCCGUCAACGUCAUGAAAGAACACACACUGGGAAAAAGCCCUAUGUAUGUCAGCAAUGCGGUAAGCAUUUUAGUUUUUGCACAUCUCUUAGAAAUCAUGAAAAUAUGCACACUGGGCAGAAGCCCUAUGAAUGUAAGCAAUGUGGGAAAACCUACAGUUGUCUCACCUCUCUUGGAAGACAUAAAAGAAGUCACGAUGGAAAAAAGCGUCAUGAAUGUAAGGAAUGUGGUAAAAUUUUCUGUGAUCCAUAUUCCUUCCGAUGUCAUGAGAGUAUUCAUAGUGGGGAAAAACCUUAUGAAUGUAACCAUUGUGGUAAAGCUUUCUCUCAUCCAACUUACCUCCGACGUCAUGAAAGAACUCAUAAUAAGAAAAAACCCCGUGAAUGUAAGCAAUGUGGGAAAACCUUCAGUUCUCGAGGCUCUCUUGCAAAACAUAAAAUAAGUCAUGAUGGAAAGAAGCCUUAUGAAUGUAAAGAAUGUGGUAAAACAUUCCAUGAUCGCUGUCACCUCCGAUGUCAUGAAGUAACUCAUACUGGGGAAAAACCCUAUGAAUGUAAGCAAUGUGGGAAAGCCUUCCGUUUUCUUAGCUCUGUCCGACUUCAUGAAAGUAUUCAUACUGGGGUGAAGCCUUAUGAAUGUAAGGAAUGUGGUAAAACUUUCAGUUCCUCCUUGUUUCUUAGAAAGCAUGGAAGAACACAUACUGGGGAAAAACCCUAUGAAUGUAAGCAAUGUGGGAAAGCCUUCAGUUAUCUCAGCGCUCUUAGUAGACAUAAAAGAAGUCAUGAUGGAAAGUAG